AUGGAAUUUAGUAAUGAAGAAACAGUUGGAGAAAUCCUAAAUUUGAUUAACACAACUCUUCCUAAAAUAAUGGCAAUCAAAAAAUGUCAAGAAAUAGAGAUUGACCAAUUAAUUGCACCUCACCUAAUUGAAAUGAAAGAAAGAGUUAUUAAUAAUGCUAUAAAAACUAUUCAAAGUGCAUGUCUUGACAUCCCCUCAUUAGAUGUAGAAAUUGCUGAUUUAAAAAGGAUGUAUGAAAUUGUAAUGAAUAAACAACCAGAGGCAUUCAUUAAUCAAUUAACAACACCAUGUGAAUAUACGAAAAUGAUUUGUUGUAAAAAAGAAUUGGACAAUAAGAAAACUCUUCAAUCAAUAUAUGGGCCAAAUAAUAAACUAACAUUAAAAGUAUUUGUAGAAUGA